AUCAGUCACGUGACGAGUCGUAAUGUUUUUUUCACUGUCCACGUGAUAUUACAAAUUUAGCAAGGCUUCAUGUGUCACGGAAUAGAUCCUAAACUUUAAGUAUAGUUAUGUACAUGCACCGAGGUGAAACUCUUGAGUGAUUAAAUGUCCUCCUAAUGAAUAAAUGAAACGAUCUCAUUGCGUAGCCGGUCUGAGUGAGAGUUUCUGGACAUUAUGCCAACUGAAGAAGUCUGUGACAGUGUUUCAGCAGAGGAUGAUGCUAAGAAGGGGCCUGAUGUUCCUUUCCUUUUAGAAGAGCGUGUAAAAGAGAAAUUGUCCUGGAAGGACGUGUUGAGAAAGAAGGUGGGAAAAAAGUGUUCCUGCAGUUCUGCUCAAAUCAAAGCCCUUCUCGUAGACUCCAUCCCAAUCAUGAAAUGGCUGCCAAGAUAUCAAUUCAAAGACUGGAUCAUUGGGGAUGCCAUGUCUGGCCUUAUCGUGGGCAUCCUCUUGGUUCCCCAGUCCAUUGCCUAUUCUUUACUGGCAGAACAAGACCCUAUUUAUGGGCUCUAUACAUCUUUCUUUGCCAGCAUCAUCUACACCCUACUGGGAACUUCCAGGCACAUCUCUGUGGGGAUGUUUGGGGUAUUGUGUCUUCUGGUGGGACAGGUUGUGGACAGGGAACUUACUCUGGCAGGAUAUCCAUCAGACACCAAUCAGACCACAUUGGGAAAUGUGUACAACAGCACUGGUCCAGUCUGUGACCGAAGCUGCUAUGCAGUCAUGGUGGCAGCAACACUAACUUUCACAGCAGGGGUCUACCAGGUGUUGAUGGGUCUCCUACAGGUUGGCUUUGUCUCCGUCUACCUCUCGGACUCUCUGUUGAGCGGUUUCGCAACUGGUGCCUCUCUCACCAUCCUCACAUCCCAGAUAAAGUACUUUCUGGGCCUCCACCUUCCUCGUGUCCGAGGCUGGGGUUCGCUCAUAAAAACCUGGAUCAGUCUUUUCAAGAAUCUGGGUCAUACCAACCUCUGUGACCUCGUAACCAGCGUGCUCUGCUUGCUUGUGCUUGUACCCACCAAAGAGCUCAACGACCGCUUCAAGGCCAAGCUCAAGGCACCUAUUCCCUUUGAACUCUUUGUGGUCAUCGCUGCUACUCUAGCUUCCCACUUUGGACAGUUCGAGGAAACUUAUGGCUCAGAUGUAGCCGGCAACAUUCCCACAGGCUUCAUGCCACCGCAGCUUCCCAACUGGUCUCUCAUGCCCAAUAUUGCCGUUGACGCGUUCUCAAUCGCCAUUGUUGGUUUCGCCAUUACUGUGUCUCUGUCUGAGAUGUUUGCCAAGAAGCAUGGUUAUAUGGUGGACCCUAACCAGGAGAUGUAUGCUAUUGGUUUCUGUAAUAUCAUUCCUUCCUUCUUCCGCUGUUUCACGACCAGUGCCGCUUUGACCAAGACACUUGUGAAGGAGUCGACGGGAUGCCAGACUCAGCUCUCGGGGUUGGUGACCGCUCUUGUGCUGCUGCUCGUCCUGCUUGUUAUAGCACCUGCCUUCUACUCAUUGCAGAAAUGUGUUCUGGCUGUCAUCAUAGUCGUCAACCUCCGUGGAGCACUGCGAAAGUUUGGGGACAUUCCCCAAAUGUGGCGUGUCAACCAUGUGGACACCAUCAUCUGGCUGAUUACUAUGGCUACAUCAGCGCUAGUGAACACUGAGCUAGGUCUACUAGUUGGAGUCCUGGUCUCUGCGUUCUGUGUGCUAGGCCGAACCCAGUCCACCCAAGUCCGUCAGCUAGGCCAAGCAGGGGACCGCGAGCUCUUUGAGGACCUUGCGUCCUACAAGGGUCUCCAGAGCCAGCCAGGGGUGUCUGUGUUCCGAUACGAGGCUCCCAUCUACUAUGCCAACCACACUCUUUUUAAGAAGUCACUGUACCGCAAUGUGGGUCUGGAUCCGCUUAAAGAGAAGGCCAGGCGCAGGAAACUAGACAAGCAGAGGAAUCAGAAACAAGGUGGAGAAGACCAAAAGCAAGAGAUGGACGUGUCCACCAAUGUGUAUCUGCUACAGCACAACAGUUUGCACACAUUGGUCAUAGACUGCAGUCCAGUGCUGUUUCUGGACACUGCUGGGGUCAAUGCUUUGAAAGAAGUAUGCAAGGACUACAAGGGGCUGGGAGUCGAUGUGCUUUUGGCGCAACGCAACCCCUCCGUCAUUGAUUCUUUGCGGAAGGGAGGGUAUUAUGACCCAAAGAAAGGGACCAAAGAAAUACAGUUUCACACUCUUAGUGAUGCCGUCUCUUAUGCACAAAGCUUGAAGUCACAAAAUGGCGAUUGUGACACUGUUGUGUAACAAUUUGUAAUGUAUUUGUGACGUGAGGGGCGGGGCCGAGAGCCGUGGGAAUGGAGCGAGGCCGGUGGAGUAAAUGCUAAUGCG